AUGAAAAUUAUCCUCACGGGUGGAACUGGCUUCGUCGGGGGCCAAGUCCUCAAAGAGCUCAUUCGUGAUGAUCGGGUAACCUCCGUGGUAGCUAUUUCGCGGCGUCCACUCAAGAUGUCACACGCCAAGCUCGAGGUCGUCAUCCACAAGGACUUUGAGAAAUGGGAUGAUGACGCCUUGCUUGAAAAGCUGAAGGGGUCGGAAGCGUGCAUAUGGUGCGUGGGCGGCGGAGCGUGGGAGUUCCCCGACUACGAGACGGCCUACAAAGUGCAGGUCACAUAUACGGUGAACGCGGCAAAAGCAUUUGCCGAGAGACUGGGCCCGAUGAGGUUCGUCUUCUGCAGUGGACGCUGGGCAGCACGGGACGAGAGAGGAAAACUUCGAUUCUUCGGAGACACUCGACGGAUCAAAGGUGCCGCGGAGAACGGCCUGCUUGAAAUCGCAAAAAAACACCAAGGAUUCUUCCCGUAUUGCAUGCGAAUUGGCGGAGUCAUGCCAGCCUCCCUCUUUGGUACCUUGAUAACCGCGACCGUGGCCUGGACUGCACCGGUCGUGAAGGUGGAUCAGGCUGCAAAAGCCAUGGUCCAUGUCGCUCUCAAUGGUGCCAAGAAAGACACUCUUGAGAACGAGGAGAUCCACUCGAACAAAUUAUGA